AUCAUAUAAAUUGUCCGACAUUUCUUUGUCGGCAUUCCCUCAGCCAAUGGGAAGCAGCGCGCAAUCCUAUUGGAUGGCGAGAAGCGAGUUGAACGCCCCAGACACGAGAGAGUCACUGCCUAGCAUGAGGAGCGCAGCUGAAAGUCACGUCAAGCUCCCAUCGAACGAGCACCGCGAAGCAGUUGCCACUCGUUUAUCACUCGAGUUAGUUGUAAUUGGACAGCUUGCUCCAUAAGUGAAAAGCUACCUUGUCAAUCAGUGCCCAAAUCAUAAGUAGUUCAUAUAUAUGUGUCCAAUCUAUGCACAUAACAUUGUGGCAGUUGGAAGUCAACAGCGAAAGCAAUGCUAAUGGAAUCAUGGAUUAUCCCAUAGAUAAACUAAAAGGAAAAGAUAGUGACUUUAUUAUCAUUGAGUGUGGUGUAAAUGAGAAAAGUGUUUUGCAAUUUUUCAUGAAGGACCUGUGCCAAUAUCAAUCCACAUAAAUCUACCGUGUGUGUGCGUUAGACUAAAGGAUUAUCCUCAUAUAUCGUGAUAUAUAUUUACAUACUCUUCACCGUGAUAUUACCUGUAAAUUAAUAAAAUAAAAAAUAAAAUCUCUGUGUAAUUCGGCAAUGCUUUGUACCAGUGCACCACCAAGUCCAAUAGGAUCAGAAAUCUCUGUGGGGGCCCCGAGUCCGCCGGCAACGGAUGUACCCCACACCCAAGGUGGUGACGACUACUUUCGCCCUCUGAAGAGGCUAAAGAUGCUAGACGGAAGAGAAAAGUGUAUCAGCCCCACCCGCUCCACCAUUGAAGGUGUCAAAUCCUUUUCAAUAGCUGACAUCCUUGGUCAUGAACCACCAUCGAGUGGGGCGACAGGUGGAGUCGGUGCAUUCAGCCACCAUCACAACCACCUACAUCAGCAUCAAAGUCAUCCUGCCACAAAAAUUGUUCGACCUUGGGACCACUUACGAGGACCCAUCCCUGUUCGUCCCUUCCUGCCACCCGCCCUGCUGCACUAUGAACACCGGCUGGCCCUUGACUACCAACGUCAGCUGCAGGAACACUUUACGGCCCAGGCGCAGCUACUGCGUCAUAUGAGCAUGGAAAUCAUACCCUCGGAAAGUGGAUCCGAGCGCUCUAGUUCAGCCACAAGUGAUUGCUGCUCACCUGAAAUUGGUGGCUCCCGUACCUCCGACCAUCACCACUCUAGUGGCCAACAGACGCCUGCAGCGGCCCAUCAAGCCAGCACCGCCGGCACCCAGAAGACUAAACCCAACGGGACGCCCCUCGACGCCCUCUUCCAGAUGACCAACAAAACCUUCGAUGAGGCCCAAGCUGAGAAUGGUUCUGAUCAAUCGCAUUUAAAUUUAUUUGCCUCACGGCCACAGCCAAAGAAGAAGCGUAAAUCACGGACAGCGUUCACCAAUCAUCAAAUUUUUGAACUGGAAAAGAGAUUCCUCUACCAGAAAUACCUGUCGCCUGCAGACCGGGAUGAAAUUGCAGCGGCUCUGGGACUUUCCAAUGCUCAGGUUAUUACGUGGUUCCAGAAUCGUAGGGCGAAACUGAAGCGUGAUAUGGAGGAGUUAAAAAAGGACGUUGAAACAGUGAAGGUCCUAUCGUCUCACAAGACUUUCCUAGAGAACGUCAAUGAUUUGGGUAUCCUAAAGAAGAAGGCCAUUCACGACGACGGUGAUUCGAGUCCUCAGAAAUGAGGGAUAUUUAGGAAAAUAUUUCAUGAAGAAAUCUGUAAAAGAAAAAAGAAAACCAGUAAAUCAUGAAGAGAUGCAUCAGUUCCGAUGAAAAUCAUAGUGUUGUAAUUGUAAAUAGAUCUUUUAUUAAUAGAAUUGUAAUUUGAAAAAAAUGUAAAGGUAAAAAAAAUAUUACGUAUUUUGUAAAGAUCUCAGUGUAGAAUUUUAUAGUGCGACAUUCUGUAAGUAAAAUUAUUUCUGGGAUAGAAAGACGUUAUAAUUUUGUACAAUGAUUUUUACUUUAAAAGAAUCGACUGGGGUAAUAGCAAGUGCAAUAUACAGAUGUCCCAUCAAAUCUACUGAUUAAUGCAACUAGCGCAAUAUUUAUCUGAAUCAACAUUUAAAUAUUCUUGUAAUUAUCAAAAUGAUAAUCACUUUAUUCGUUUUAUGCUUCAUUAUGUCAAGCCAGUAUAAUUCAUUAAGCAUCAUGAGACUUGAUGUCCUUGCUUUAGAGUUGAGUUUCCCGAUUUAAGAGACAAAAUUGCUGUUUUUAGUAAAAUUAUUUUAUUAAUUAGUUUGAUUGGUGGUUCAAAAUACCAACUAGUAAAUUAUUAGUCGUAUUAAAAACAGCUAUUUCUUUUGAGAGAAAAAUAUAUAAUUUAUUGUUUUUUUUUCUUCUUUUUAUUUCUCCUAAUUUUGAGAUGAUAAUUGAACUAUAAAUAAAUUGCAAAGAUGUGCGUCAAUGAAUUUAAAAAUUAUCAUGGUGAAUUAAGAUUUAAAACAAAUAAAAACAAAAUUAUAAAAAAAAUCUUUUUCGAAUUUAAAGAUAUUUUAGGAAUUUUCCUACAAAUUAUAAAAUUUUCCGAGAAUUUCCCUUCAUUGAAUUCAACUUUACUCAUUUUCUGAAUAAGCUCAGUGCUUAUCUUUUCUUAAUACAUAAUUUAAAAACUUGCCGAAUAUCUUAACUCUCAAUCUAAUUUCUUAAACCUUUUAUCCUUUCUAAUUCGUUUUAAAAACAUAAAAAAAAGUCUUAAAGUGUUUCAGGAUGACAAAUGAAUGAAAUAUAAUUGAAUUUUGCAUUAGUAAAAGUGAUAAAAAAACAAAUGCUAUUACCCCAUCGAUAUGAGAAGAUAUCAAUAUUAAAAGGAAAAUUGAUAGCCAGUACUUAUCAAAAUUAAGUGUUUUUUAUUGAAAAGUAUUUUACAUAAAAAAGAAAGAAAUGACAAUAAAAUUGGUAUUGAAAAUUCUUUUUGAAAUGCUGAAAAGAAUUCCGAUAGUCACUAAAAUGAAAGGAGAAGUAAUAAAAUUAUGAAAGUCCAUUCUAACGAUUUUUCACAAAAAUCUCCAAUGAAGUGAGAUGUCCAGAUGUAAUCAAAUAAAUGACUUACAUAAAGUGUUACGUCUAAUUGUAUGUAUGUAUGUAUGUAUGUUAAUUAAAUUAUUCAUUUAGAAAGAGACUGUACAUAGUGAAAAAGAUUUCAUGUAGAAAUAAAUCUAAUUAUUCAAA